GAUGUUCCCUGUUUUGAAGAUCAGUGUGUCAGGCUUGGACCCAAAUGCCAUGUAUUCCUUCCUUUUGGACUUUGCCCCAACUGAUGGCCACCGCUGGAAGUAUGUCAAUGGAGAAUGGGUGCCAGCAGGGAAACCAGAGCCACCAAACCACAGCUGUGUCUACAUCCACCCAGACUCUCCCAACUUUGGGGCCCAUUGGAUGAAAGCUGCCAUUUCCUUCAGCAAAGUCAAACUUACCAACAAGCUCAAUGGGAGUGGGCAGAUAAUGUUGAACUCCCUGCAUAAAUAUGAGCCCCAGGUACACAUAGUUCGCGUAGGAGGUCCCCACCGGAUGGUGAUGAACUGCUCUUUCCCCGAGACACAGUUCAUAGCUGUGACUGCCUACCAAAAUGAAGAGAUAACAGCUCUCAAAAUCAAGUAUAAUCCCUUUGCCAAAGCCUUCCUGGAUGCAAAGGAAAGAAACCAUUCUAAGGAUGCUCCAGAAACAGUCACUGAAGGUCAACAUAUGACAUAUUCUCACCCUCCACACACUCCUCACAGCUGCGAGCGAUACUCAGCACUGCGAGGCCAUCGUGCUGCUCCGUACCCUCCUUCCUACAUGCAGAGGAACCACUCACCUACAGUUAAUUUGUUGGAGAGUUCCAGCAAUAAUCUUCAGGUAUUCUCAGGACAUGACAGCUGGACUUUGCCAUCCUCUCCACAUGCUAAUUUGCUCUCAGUGCCACACACGAAGGGAGGUGCCAGCCCUGGACCCAGCCACUACCCUUGCCUGUGGACAGUGAGCAACAGUGCUGUAAAUGUUGCCAGCCCAGGAAGUGAGAUGAACAGCAGCCCUUCAAGCAUGUUUCUAAGGGGUAAUGUCCCCUUACCUGCUGCAUCAUCAGUCCAAAUCCCUCUGCAGGGAAUGGUUUCUGGCAGCAUGGAAUCGCAAGGGGAAAGCACUCUGGCCAGACUAGCCGACUCUGUGUGGACAUCCUCACACUCCUUUUAAUGGACAGGCAGCCCACAAGGAGCUCAGCCAAACAAGACUGACACAAAUGGCAAAUGAUCCCCUAGAACUGCAGCUCAGAGCAGAAUGUACGCAGAAAGACAACUUCAUCAAACAUCACUUUCCAUAAUGUACCUCUUGUUUGCCAGAGAAGCCAAAAUGCAAAGGCAGGAAAUGUUAGGAGAACCAGCUUCUUACUGUAACCUUUAUGCAUCUUUCAGGUUGAUGUCCAGAAAAACUCUUUUUAGUUAGUUUUGCUUCUGUAUCACAUUAAAA